GCCGGGCCAUUUUCCCGUGUUUAGAAAUGUCGUCUCUUGCGACUGUACGUACCCCCUUGUUUUUCUUCUUGUUGGAAGGGGAAGAGAAGAAGAGCAAAGCACGUUCUUUUGUUGGAGACCUUCUUCUCGAUCGUCUCUCCAUAUAUUUCAGCCCGCCCUUCUCAUCCCACCCCUCUCUUCUAUCUUCUUCAUUAAUUUCUAGAACCCAAAAUCAUAACACAAACCCAGAAGAAUUCAUCAAAAAUCCCUGAAAAAAGAUAUAUAUAUAUAUAUAUAUAUUAAGCGUGUUGGCCAUCAGACAGACAGCUAGCUAGCUAGUUAUGGUCUUUUACAGAGAAAAAGAAGAAGAAGGAGGCAGUGGCGGCAGUGUUAAUGGAAGAUCAAGCUAAGAGUUUUGUUAUCACGUUCACAGCGAAGCGUUCGGACUCCCAUCUGGCAUCUCAUUCUCGGUUGUUCGUCGCCGGAUUCUAUUGCUGGGACUGGGAAUUCCUCACCGCUCUCAUAGUGUUUAGUUCUUCUUUCUGAAUAUUGAUAAUAAUAAUUAAUAUUCCCCGUUGAAACUUGGUGCUUAAUUUCGUUUUUUAGGGCUCUUCUCUUUUCCUGUAUAUAUAUAUAUAUAUAUAUUUUUGGUUUCACGGAGAUUGGCCGGAAAUGGCGCAGCGGUCAGUGCCGGCGCCGUUCCUGAAGAAGACGUUCCAGUUGGUGGACGAUCGAAGCACCGACGAUGUGGUGUCGUGGAACGACAGUGGGACGGCGUUUGUGGUGUGGAAAAUGGCCGAGUUCGCCAAGGAUUUGCUUCCCAAUUACUUCAAGCACAGCAACUUCUCCAGCUUCGUUCGCCAGCUGAACACCUACGGUUUCCGAAAGAUUGUACCGGACAAAUGGGAAUUCGCCAACGACAACUUCAAGCGGGGACAGGAGGAGCUCCUCUUGCAAAUCCGUCGUCGGAAGGCGGUGAACGCGAUUCCGAGUCAAUCCCCGGUCCCGAUGGCCGCCGGUGGUUCUUCGUCGCCUUCGAAUUCCGGCGAGGACUUGGGAUCUACUUCCUCUUCGUCCCAUGGAAACAACGCCAAAUCCGUGGCCGACGAGAACGCGAAGCUCAAGAGAGACAACGAGUUGCUGAGUUCGGAGCUCGCGGAGAUGAAGAAGAAGUGCGGCGAUCUCGUUGUUUUCUUGUCGCAGUACGUUAAGGCGGGGCCGGAUCAGAUCGAUCGCAUCAUGAGGCAAGGAAGGUGCGGAUCCAUCGUCGACGGAUUCGACAGCGAUGCAAGCGACGAAUGUUACGAAGAUGAUGGCGACGAAAAUUUGGGGGGAAAGGGAACUGGAACUGGAACUGGAGAUGGCCUGAAACUGUUCGGGGUGUGGGUGAAAGAGGAGAAGAGAAAGAGGCGCCGGAAAGAAAUGAAGGCCGUUGAUUAUGAGGCCCCGAUCCCGUGGCCGUGGAUGAAGAAGAUCUCUGCUUCAGCCGGCGGCGAACCCAGCAAGGUCUGUCACCGACCAAUCUCCUGCGGAAUAAAAGAAAGGGGGGUGGCGUAGUAAUUAAUUAAUUAAAUUAAAUUAAUUUGAAAUCAGAAGAAGUGCAGGAACCAGAACCAGAACCAGAACAGCCUUCUUCAACUCUAAGGCUGGGCUUUGAAACUGAAGUAAUAACCAUAAACUUUACUUUUUGAUGAAAGAUAAGAUACUCCCUAUGAAUUUUAAAUAAAACAUCAUUUAUUAUUAGUUAAAA